AGUCGGGCUCUGUUGCAAAUCUGUAAAUACAAAUUUGCUAAGCAUUCGGGCGCGGGCCAACCAAACAAAAUGUGUAUUUCGCAUUGCAUUUCCAUUGAUUUGUAACACAUUUGGCAACCGGUCGACACUCCAUCAAUUAAAAGCUCUCAGCUCGGCUCCCACCAGCUACAGCCGAAGCGCCAUCAAUCAAAUUCGCCAACGCGCUCGACAUGCCAUUAUGUCAUGACAGCGACAAAAACUAGUCACAGGAACGGAUUCAACGGCAAUGGUCACUGGCAGGAAACUGGAGCAUAUGCAGCCACCACAACACCUUUCGCUUUCGCGCUGCCCGUCUUCCAAUUGCGUGUUUGCCAAUCUUUUGGUGACGGGGCAAUCAAAUAUGCUGGAUGAUGAUCAACUCGCUGUAUCUGACAACGAAUCGUUUAGAAAUGAAGGGAAUAAUCUCUAUUCAGUCAACGCCUGGGUAACCGCUGCUGCUGUGGCUGUCUGCUCGGCCUGUGCCCUGUGGAACAGCCUGCAGGUGGUGGUGGAAAGAGAUGAUGAGGCAAGUAAUGGGCAUGCGGCCACCGAAAACAUUGAUAUGUUAAUCGCAACUGAUAUGGGCAAGAGGCAAAGAGACGACAUUCAGCCGAUGCAAAAGCGAUCACAUUAGCUGACGUUCUGGUUGUUUCAAUCCCAAUCGGAUAUGAAAUUGCAGUUGAAAUUGAAGUUGCAUCAUCUAGAUGUUUCCUAAGGCAUCUACAUUUUGCCAUCUGGAUCGUUUCACAAUAGUUAUUUUUAUAUAAUUUUUUUUUCAGCGUUGAAACAAUUUUGUAAGUCCGUUAAGCAAAAUUAAAAUCUAAAUAAUAUUUGGGUUUCGUGUUAGUACAUUACAGCUUGUUGUAGCUGGUUUAAUUAUGCUACCAAGUAUUUCAUAACACGCCGCAAACAUGUCUGCGCGGACCGCUCUAAAUAAGCAAAUGCUCAGACAACUAUUUUUUUUAUAGCAAUUUUCUUUCUUUUUAUACCGCCACAAGCCGCUUUUCUACUCUUGCUGCACAUCUCUUGGCUAUGUCAGGAGUCUUGGUCUGGCAUUUAGCUAUGACAU